GCGGGCGGCAGUGGCGGCGGCCACGACGGAGGCGGUUGCUGCGCCGGGUACUGGCGUCGCUGCGUGAGGCGCAGGCGCGGUGGACUGUGCCCUCUCCGGACCUCGGCUCGCCGUGGGCUCGUCAUGCAGACCCAGGAGAGGCUCUACCGCCUGGUGGUGUUGGGCGCCUCCGGCUUCACCGGCCAGUUCGUGGCCCAGGAGGUGGCCCGGGAGCAGGUGGCCCGGGAGCAGAACCCCCGCCUGGCCUGGGCGGUGGCGGGCCGCUCCCGGGAGAAGCUGCAGCGAGUGCUGGAGAGGGUCGCCCUGAAGCUGGGAAGACCGACUCUCCCAUCCGAAGUUGGAAUAAUAAUUUGUGAUAUCAUGAAUCCAGCCUCACUAGAUGAAAUGGCUAAACAGGCAGCGGUUGUCCUCAACUGUGUGGGACCAUAUCGGUUUUAUGGAGAACCUGUGAUAAAAGCAUGUAUUGAAAAUGGAACCAGCUGUAUUGACAUCUGUGGAGAACCUCAGUUUCUGGAGUUAAUGUAUUGGAAGUAUCAUGAGAAAGCUGCAGAAAAAGGGGUUUAUAUCAUCGGAAGCAGUGGCUUUGACUCCAUUCCAGCAGAUCUGGGCGUAAUAUAUACCAAAAAUAAGAUGAACGGUACCCUGACUGCUGUGGAAAGUUUCCUAACUAUACAUUCCGGACCUGAGGGGUUGUGCAUUCAUGACGGUACCUGGAAGUCUGCAGUUUAUGGUUUUGGAGAUCAGAGUAAUUUGAAAAAACUGCGAAACGAGUCAAAUCUGAAACCUGUCCCAAUUGUUGGUCCAAAAUUGAAAAGAAGGUGGCCAAUUUCUUACUGCAGAGAACUGAAUAGCUAUUCUAUUCCUUUCUUGGGAGCGGAUGUCUCUGUUGUGAGGCGGACUCAGCGUUACUUGCAUGAGAAUUUGGAGCAAUCGCCUGUUCAGUAUGCCGCUUAUGUGACUAUGGGAGGCAUCACCUCCGUUAUUAAGCUGAUGUUUGCAGGACUUUUCUUUUUAUUCUUUGUGAAGUGUGGCAUUGGCAGACAGCUUCUCAUAAAAUUUCCAUGGCUCUUCUCCUUUGGUUAUUUUUCAAAACAAGGUCCAACACAAAAACAGAUGGAUGCCACCUCGUUUACAAUGACAUUCUUUGGUCAAGGAUACAGUCAAGGCUUUGGUCCGGAGAAGAACAAACCAAAUAUGAGAAUUUGUACUCAGGUGAAAGGACCAGAGGCUGGCUAUGUGGCUACCCCCAUAGUCAUGGUCCAGGCAGCCAUGACACUUCUAAACGAUACCUCUGAUCUUCCUAACACGGGCGGGGUCUUCACACCUGGAGCAGCCUUCUGCAGAACAAAGUUGAUUGACAGACUCAACCAACGUGGCAUUGAAUUUAGUGUCAUUAGCAGCUCUGAAGUCUAAACAUUUGAAGAAUUAACUGAAGGCAUAGAAUGCAUGAAUUAAUGGCUUUUUUUUAAUGUAAAAUUUUAAAUUCUUCUAUAUCCUGUCUGACUGUAUGUAAAAAAGAUUGUCAAAUCUAAAAUAUAUACACAUUAAAAGCAGGAAAUUGUGCUCACUUACCCUAAAUUUCAAAUCUUAGCUGGCUUUGUGAUUUUACUGCUGUGAGAGAACUAAUACUGACUUUUUCAUUGGAGAAUUCAUGCUCAGUUCCUCUAAGUGAACUGACAGACCAGAGGUGGUGUGGGUGCCUCUCUCCAUGCUGCCGACAGGCUGCAGACGAGGCCCACAGGCUGGUGUUCAUGGAGGCAGGGACUGCUGCUCCCCUUGGCUAGAUGUUGAACGGGAUCUCACCUUCAGAUGAAUUUCUCUACAUACUGUUUGGGCCUUUGCCAAAUGAAACUACAUUUUUAAUUUUUAUUUUAGCUUAGUUUUUCACCCAUCUACACUGAUUUUUUGACUGUUACCUAAGUUGAAUAAUAAAGGAUUGUCAGUUGAA